CUCGCCUCUUCCCUUUUGGUGUGAUUUGGACUUCAGCCCUUUCUCCCUCACCUAUACAACCAUGGUUCUUCUCGUCACUUCCGACAAUGAACAGUUCGUCGUGGACAAGGAGGUCGCUGAGCGCUCCGUUUUGAUCAAGAACAUGCUCGAGGAUGUUGGCGAAAGCGACCAACCGAUUCCGCUACCAAACGUCUCCGCCAGCGUACUGAAGAAGGUUUUGGAGUACUGCGAGCACCAUCGGGGCGAGCCUCUACCGGUCGCCGACGAGUCGCAAGAUGAGACUCGCAAGCGGACAACGGAUAUCAGCGAGUGGGAUCAGAAGUUCAUCACCGUCGAUCAGGAGAUGCUAUUCGAGAUCAUUCUCGCCGCAAACUACCUUGACAUCAAACCUCUUCUCGAUGUCGGUUGCAAGACUGUCGCAAACAUGAUCAAGGGCAAGACCCCUGAGGAAAUUCGCAAGUUGUUCAACAUCGUUAACGACUUCACUCCCGAGGAGGAGGCCCAAAUCAAGAAGGAGAACGAAUGGGCUGAGGAUCGUUGAGCGGUUGCGUGAUCCUCCCUCGACAUUCGUUUUCCGUUCGGAUAGCUACCUAAUCCCCUUCUUUGUAUUGAUCAUUACAUGUCGCGCGAUCCUGUAAACUUUGAGUCAACGCUUUCUCUGAAAC